CAAACAAUAGUAUGCACAUAUGACGUAAAACUGUGCGAAGCGGUCAGUGCGAGUACAGUUACCGGACCCGAUAAUUUUGGACGAAAAAAUAACAGCUUUCGCCGUUUUUCCAUGGCGUCUGCGGCUUUCCCUCUCCUGCUGCAACCCAAUUCCAUACGCAUCCCCGCCGGGCGCAGCCACACACGUACCGAUCGGAAUUUGAAACUCGCAGUCUCUUCUCUAAAUUAUCCUCUUCGCCGGUCAUGGAGGUUUCCAUUAUUUUCACUGUCUAUGUCCAGAAAAUCAUACUCUGCGAGCGCAAUACCUCGUGCUUACGUGAACGGACUCGCUUCGGACCCGAAUGUGAGCGAGCCCAACCGGAGAAUUGACGGCUCGGAGACUGAGAACGAGAAGGUGAAACCGCGGAAUUUGAUCAGUUGGGGGCUUCUGUGGACGCUUUUGCUUAAGCACAAGCUGAGGCUUGCUGUUUGUGUCUUGACUCUCAUCGGUUGCACCACUUGUACUCUCUCCGUGACUAUAUAUUCCGGGCAAUUUUUCGACAUACUGACAGGGACAAGGCCUGAGCCUUUAUGGAGUGUACUUGGUAAAGUCGGGCUUCUAUAUGCAUUGGAGCCAAUCUUCACUGUUAUUUUUGUAGUAAAUAUGAAUAUCAUAUGGGAGAAGGUUAUGUUGCUACUUCGAGCUCAGAUUUUUAGGAGGAUGUUGAUUCAAAAGGCGGAGUUUUUUGAUCGAUACAAGGUGGGAGAACUAAUUGGUUUGUUAACAUCUGAUUUGGGUUCUGUAAAAGAUAUUGUCAGUGAAAACAUUUCAAGGGAUCGUGGAUUUAGGGCACUUUCCGAGGUGGUUGGGACAGUAUGCAUACUAUUCGUUUUAUCCCCCCAGCUUGCACCUAUUCUGGGAAUACUGGUAGUUACUGUGUCUAUUUUAGUAGCUGUAUACAAGCGAACAACCGUGCCUGUGUUUAAAGCUCAUGGAUUGGCACAAGCGUCUAUGUCAGACUGGGCGGCAGAAACGUUUUCUGCAAUUCGUACUGUAAGAUCCUUUGGUGGUGAAAAGCGUCAAAUGUUUAUGUUUGGUAACAAGGCUCUGGCAUAUCAGAGUAGUGGCAUAAAGCUUGGGACUUUCAAAUCCAUAAAUGAAUCUUCGACUAGGAUCGCCAUCUAUGUUUCUUUGUUGACUUUGAAUUGCCUAGGAGGAAGGAAAGUGAAAGCUGGAGAACUCUCUGUGGGAACUAUGGCUUCUUUCAUUGGAUACACCUUUACAUUAACCUUUGCCGUUCAAGGGCUGGUUAAUACAUUUGGAGAUCUUCGUGGAGUUUUUGCUGCUGUUGAGAGGAUUAAUUCUAUUCUAUCAGGAACAGAAAUUGAUGAAGCCCUGGCCUAUGGUUUAGAAAGGGAAAUCCAGCAAAAGGAAGUUCAUGAGGAAAAUAUCAAAUUGUUUAUUUCCAAUGGUUCUAUUGAGAAAACUGAACAUUUAAAUGCACGUUACAUGUCAGCUCUGAAGUCAGCUAGAAAUGUGGGUAGCUUGGCAUGGUCUGGUGAUGUUUGCCUUGAAGAUGUAUACUUUUCGUAUCCUUUAAGACCAGAUGUUGAAAUUCUGAGUGGUCUUAAUUUGACCCUAAAAUGUGGAACUGUAACUGCUCUGGUGGGACCAAGUGGGGCAGGCAAAAGCACAAUUGUACAGUUAUUGGCACGUUUCUAUGAGCCAAUCAAAGGCCUUAUAACAGUUGCAGGCAAAGAUGUCCGAAUGUUUGACAAGAGUGAAUGGGCUCGGGUUGUCUCCAUAGUGAAUCAAGAACCAGUUCUAUUCUCGGUGUCUGUUGGAGAAAAUAUUGCAUAUGGGCUUCCUGAUGAUAAUGUAUCCAAGGAUGAUAUCAUUGCAGCAGCUAAAGCGGCAAAUGCUCAUGAAUUUAUAAUUUCCCUUCCACAGGGUUAUGAUACACUAGUUGGUGAGCGUGGAGGACUACUGAGUGGAGGACAGAGGCAGAGAAUUGCCAUUGCAAGAGCUUUACUCAAGGAUGCCCCAAUCCUGAUUCUUGAUGAGGCCACCAGUGCUUUGGAUGCAGCCAGUGAGCGCCUGGUUCAGGAUUCUCUGAACCAUCUCAUGAAAGGGAGAACAACUUUAGUCAUUGCUCAUAGAUUAAGCACAGUUCAAAAGGCAAAUCAAAUUGCUCUUUGUUCUGAAGGGAAAAUAACAGAACUGGGGACCCAUUUUCAGUUGCUGGCUAAGAAGGGUCAAUAUGCUUCUUUGGUUGGCACCCAAAGGCUUGCAUUUGAAUGAUAUUCUAAUUUGCUAGACACCAUGCCCAAAAGAGAAACAGAUAACAAGCAGGAGAUAAUAGCUAUAUAUUGCUAAUUGUCUGUAUAAGUGACAGGUUAUAUAUACGGCUAUCUUAGUUUUGCUUCAUGCAGAGGACACUUUCAUGGAGGCUGUAGGAGAUGACCAACACAACUGAGUAAGAGCUUUCACUGUUGUUUCGCCAUUUCUUUGAUCUGGUGGUGGGUAUAGGUGAUAUGAUGAUAAAUUAUUCUCGCAAAAUGGUUGUUGAUGCACUCAGAAUUGUAAAGAAAUUUAUAAUAAUGAAUUAAUGUUUUA